AUGAAAUCUUUCUAUACAUUUUGUAUCUUUUUAAUAUUUUGUGUUGAAUUGAUUUCAACCACUCGAUGUGUUUGUAAAUGUUGUACAUCAAGUGGUUGUGAUGCUUCAACAUCCGUUGGAUCGACAAGUCAAUCGUUUGAUUUAAGUCUUCUUUGCAAUGAUGUUACGUGUAAUCGAGUUUCAUGUUCAACAAAUUUUCUUGGAAAUUGUCCAAUUGUUGGUGCUGCUGGUGAUGUCGAUUCAACGUGUGAUGCGACAAAAUUAACAACGUUUAAUAUGAUUAUAUUAACGAUGGAUAAUGUUCGUUUGCGUGCGAUAAUUUUGAAUUUACAAGAUCGUCUUUCGAAUGAUGAUCGGAAACGACUUCAUUUCUAUCUUGGUAACGAUGUUCCACGACGAAUUCGAGAUGAUCCAACACUUGGCGGAACUCUCAAUUUAAUGGAUUCACUAUUUGAUCAAGAUAAAAUUAAUGAAGAAGAUUUUACUUAUCUCAUCGAAGCUUUCGAUCAAAUCCGUUGUUUUGAUGCUGCAAAACUAUUGAAAGAACAUUUAAAUCGAAAUCGGUUGAAUCAAUCUGCACAAAGUUUAUCAGUUAUCAUGCCACCUCUGUUCGAAGCAUUGACUGCAGAUCAAGAGGAAGUAGAUGGAAUCACUUUUUCAUCGAAUCAUAUUCAUUCGCCAAAUUCAAAUAGUCAAAUACCUGUUAUUCAUCGUAACAAGGAAAUUUCACGUGCUAAAUUGAAGAGAAAAAUGUUAUAUAAGGGAUGUUUAUUAUUAUUUGCUCUUUUGUCUUUUGCAAUAUUUGUUGUUUUGAUCUAUUUUGUGCUUUCGAAUCAGUAUGAAAUUCAUCGUUUGAAGAUUAAUUUAACGACUAUUAUCGCCAUGCUAGAACAGACAAAAGUAAAUCAAACGGAAAAUAGACAAUUAAUGAAACAAAUCAAUGGAAAAAGUAUUUUGUCUAAACUAGAAGAAACUACAACAUCGACAUCAACCCCAAUUCCACUCUCAAGUAAAAAGUCGUUUUUCAUUAACGAUAAAAUGAUUCCCCAUAUACCAGGCAAAGCGUAUUGGCAACAGAAUGGUACAACUAUCAUCGGAGGUCGACAGAAAGAUAAUGCGACUUAUCGAGUUUAUCAUCCACAUGGUAUUUUCAUUGAUGAUGAUCAAAAUUUUAUCAUUGCUGAUCGACAGGUCAUAUUUGGUGAUCGAGGGAAUGGAGCUGCAUUAGAUCAAUUAUCUAAGCCAGUUGAUGUAUUAGUCGAUAGAAUAUCCAAUUUUCUCAUCAUUUGUGAUCAAUCCAAUCGAAGAGUUCUUCGCUGGUUUAGAAAUAGUUCAAGCAAAACUGGAGAAAUUCUCAUAGAAAAUAUUCGCUGUGGAGGAUUAGCCAUCGAUCAUCAAAGAUAUCUUUAUGUUUCUGAUAAUAAGAAUCAUCAAGUCAAAAGAUAUGAUAUUGAUGGAACAAAUGAAAUUGUUGUGGCUGGCAAUGGAAAUCCAGGUGCAGGAUUACAUGAACUAAAUAGUCCAACUUUUAUUUUUGUGGAUCGACAGCAAAAUGUUUUUAUUUCGGACACUGAGAAUCAUCGCAUAAUGCAAUGGAAAAAAGAGACAAGUCGCAGGAAAUGGUAUAGCAGGAAGUCUUAUUAUCAAAAUGAUCGAGUCAUGCGUUGGAAACAAGGAGCAACUAAAGGAAAACUUGUGGUGGGUGGAAAAGGUGAAGGAUGGCAAAAUGAUAUGUUAGAUGGACCACGUAGUUUAUCUUUUGAUCGAUAUGAACAUCUUUAUGUUGUCGAUUGUAAUAAUAAUCGUGUACAAAAGUAUUUAAUUCAAUAA